GCCCGGUUGUUCAAUCAUGGUUUAAACUGUAGAUUAGCUUAAACUGGCGUUUAAAGCUGUAAGCUUAGUUUAAUGCAUUGUACCACUGCGGUUUAACGUUAAACUCCGUUUAGAUUAGAGGUUUAACUAAACGGUGAAAGAGGGCCGUUUAACGCUCCUAAACCGUCAAACAUAACCCCAAAUAUUCUUGUCAUUUUGGGCUGUUGGUCUCAUGGUUUGUUAAUCAAGAUGAACUACACGGAUUUUGAUGAGCCAAUUACUGAUGAUGAAGAUUUUUUGGAGCUAAUGCAGUUGUUUUUGGACGAUGAAGAAGAACCUCUCGUUUCGAAAAAUAUUAGAAAGAGGCCUGAUUAUUUUAAUAUAUUAAGUGAAAAGGAGUUUGUUGAAAGAUUUCGUUUAACAAAAGAAGGGGCACUGGAAGUUUUGGAAAAAAUAAGUGACCACAUUGCGCGUAAAACGGAAAGAAACCACGCCGUCACACCAAUAACAAUGCUGCUAGUUACAUUGCGAUUUUACGCUACGGGUUCAAUGCUUAUUGUUGUUGGUGAUUUCUGUGGGAUCGACAAGUCGACAGCAAGCAGGAUUGUUGCGCAGGUGUCGAUGGCAAUUGCAAGACUAUACAAACAAUACAUAAAGAUGCCCGAUACUGAUGACGAAAAAAAUUAUUCCAAAAGUCGCUUCUAUGCUAUUAGCCGUUUUCCUUCGUGUAUAGGGGCAAUAGACUGCACACACGUAAAAAUUCUUUCGCCCGGCGGAGACAAUGCAGAGAUAUAUAGGAACAGGAAACAAUUCUUCUCAUUCAAUGUGCAAGCAGUGUGUGAUGCAGAUCUACGAUUUAUUAAUAUUGUUGCUCGAUGGCAAGGUUCGGCACACGAUUCUACAAUCUUUAAUAAUUCGAGAUUACGAGCUAGACUAGAACAGAAUGAGUUCGACGGAUGUGUGAUUGUUGGCGAUAGUGGUUACGCAGUGAAACCAUAUCUUCUUACACCACUCUCCAAUCCCCAUACACGAGAAGAAAAUUUAUACAAUGAAUCACAAAUAAGAACUAGAAACGUGAUAGAGCGAUGCUUUGGAAUAUGGAAACGACGAUUUCCCGUACUUGCUUUUGGAAUGCGUGUGAGGUUGGACAGAAUUCAGCCAAUUAUAGUUGCUACAGCUGUGUUGCAUAAUAUUGCAAGAAUGAGAAACAUUCCAGAUCCUGAAUACAAUCCAGAUGUUGAAGAGGCUGUACACUACUUAGAAAACGUUAACAAUAACAAUUAUGCAGUAGGAGAUGAAGCAAGAAUAGGACCUAAUAACCGUGCUCGUCACGCAUUAAUUAAUAAUUAUUUUCGAAAUUUGUUGCUACAAUAAAGCUACUCGAUGUUUUUGUU